GAGUUUUUAAGGCUUUUUAAAUUUUCUUGUAUGAUAGUUUUCAUUUGUGAGAAUUUUAGAUUUGCCUCUUUAUUGUUAGGUAAGCAAAUAUGAAUUUGUCAAAUGAAUAAAAAAUAAAUAUAGAUGAUUACAAGGGCGGAAGGGGUGGGCGUUGCUCAUUCACAAAGCAUUGUUUCUGAGGACAGCUGCAGACCACCACCCAUUGUACUGUGGGUAUCACUGGGGGCUUUUGAAAUUAGCAUUUAAAAACCCUGUGCUUUGGAAGGCUUGCAGAUCCCUUCAGAUCCAUUCUUUGCCUCCAGGCAAAAUAAAUAAAUAAUCAGGCUAAUCCUGUGACUUCCCUCCCACUCUCAGAAAUUUCAAAGGCAAUAUAUAUUGCAAAUUUAAAAAAACAAGAACUGUCAUUUCAAGGAAUGACAAGGGAAGUGCAGCCAGUGGACUUGUAGCUGAAGCAGAUUCAGCGGCGUGCAGGAGGCAGGACUGGCUGACACUAACCCAGGCAACGCUUUGGCCCAUGCACAGUCUCUGCUAACCCUUCUAAGCAGCUUUUGGACAUAUUUUAACAUGUGGCUAAUGGUCUGAUGAGGUCACUGGACCAACUAGAUUUCCAUGGCAGGCCUGCUGCAGUCAUAGCUGUAGCACAGCAAUGCCCAACACACGCAGCCUCUGCUUCCUGCUGCCCUGCCUCAGUUCUGCUGCUGAGAGAGGGGCCUCUCCUUAAGGAACUGGUCUCUGACAUUUUCGUUACAUUUCUGUAGCCAAGUCACGUCAAAGUUGUGUCCAAGGAUGUUAAGAAGUGGCGCAUGGAAAGAUAGGAAUGGAGUUCAGACCUUAGUGUGUCCAAGACAAGCGUGUAACACAGCUUGCUGAUGACCGCAUGGCGCUGGUGUCAGGCAUCAGCCUAGAUCCAGAAGCAGCAAUUGGCGUGACAAAGCGGUCACCUCCCAAGUGGGUGGAUGGAGUAGACGAAAUACAGUAUGAUGUUGGCCGCAUCAAACAGAAGAUGAAGGAGUUAGCCAGCCUCCAUGAUAAGCAUUUGAACAGACCCACCCUGGAUGACAGCAGCGAGGAGGAACACGCCAUCGAGAUCACCACCCAGGAGGUCACACAGCUCUUCCAUAGGUGUCAACGCGCUGUGCAGGCCCUGCCCAGUCGGGCACGCCGGGCCUGCUCGGAGCAGGAAGAGCGGCUGCUGCGGAACGUGGUGGCCUCCCUGGCACAAGCCCUGCAGGAGCUGUCCACCAGCUUCCGGCAUGCACAGUCCGACUACCUGAAACGCAUGAAAAACCGAGAGGAAAGAUCACAGCAUUUCUUCGACACCCCAGUACCACUAAUGGACGAUGGAGAUGAUGCUACUGUAUAUGGUCAGGGUUUCAUGGAUGACCAGCUAGUGCUGGUAGAACAGAACACACUGAUGGUGGAGGAGAGGGAGCGAGAGAUCCGUCAGAUUGUACAGUCCAUUUCAGACCUCAACGAAAUCUUCAGGGACUUGGGAGCCAUGAUUGUGGAGCAGGGUACAGUCCUUGAUAGAAUUGACUAUAAUGUUGAACAGUCCUGUGUCAAGACCGAAGAUGGCUUGAAACAGCUUCACAAGGCAGAGCAGUACCAGAAGAAGAACCGGAAGAUGCUGGUGAUCUUGAUACUGGUUGCCAUCAUCGUAGUCCUCACUGUGGUCCUCAUCGGUGUAAAGUCUCGCUAGUGGCACCAAGUUCUUGAGAGUGCUACUGCAUGGGUUAGUUGGGGGUUAGGGCUUGACGGGUGCCCCACCACUGCGCUGUCUAAAGAGUGCAGCCCACUGGCCCAGCAAUGGACAGCGGAUCUUCUGUGGACACCUUCUAUCGAGUGGACUGGCGUGCAGGCACGGCCAUGGUUUCCAUCGCUGUCCAGAGUCUAAGGACUUGAUGCUGUUGCUGAGGAGACUGGCCUGUGAUCGUCUGUGAUGUGAACACAUGCUUUAGUGAGAAGUGGAAGGUUUACGGGCGCGGAGGCUCCGUGGGGUGUGCGCAUGCUCAUGUUAGCACUCAUGUCUGAGCAGCAUGUUAAAUAAUUUUGGGGAAAUUUUUUUUUUAACCAUCUGGUUUUUAAGAAGUUUGGUACCAAAAAUUUAUGAGUGUAGAGGCAAUGCCUCUUCAUCUUCCCAGCUGAAAACAAAGCAGAAGUCCUUCAAGGAUUUAUAAUCUGUUCCCGUUAACGUAAUUCAGCUUUCCAUCACUGUUAACGAUCAGAGUAACAAAGUGUGAAAAAUAAGAAACCAUCAUCGAUGUUAAUUAACACAUUUAGGCGGGCCAGUUAAACCAGCUUCAUGCAUUUAAAUCAAUUGUAAAUAACAUAUUCCUCAUUCAGAAUUUUGCCCUGCAUUUUCUACUGUAAACCAAGAGGGGUUGCUAAGCAAAACCUCCUGAAUCAGAGACUUGGUCAUUUGAUCCUGUCUCACAUUACAAGAAAGCUUGACAGUGUCAUGAGCUAGAUUGAGCCAGUGUGUCCCCAGCCAUCCUUCCUCAGUCCACUACUUACAUUCUAGCUACAUAAUGACCUGUCCAACCCUGACUCCAUUUAAUGAACUGUGAAUUUACACAGAGGCCAUUUCAAAUGGGUCACCCCGUUUAGGAUUAGUGGGUCUCAAAUUAUUAACCAAACAUCACUCCAUUUCAAAGUAAAAUAUUCUACCCAUGAUUUGAUUUAUCGACUCCUCCGUUGCCACUUAGCUAUGCCCAGAAAGCGGGUAUACUCCUGAGGACAGUGAGAACCUCAACUAGGGAAACCUUGUGUGUGUGUGUGUGUGUGUGUGUGUGUGUGUGUGUGUAGUGUUUCCGUGUGUUCAUGUGUGAGCAUAUCGCAUGCAUAUCAGAUGGCCACAGUCGGAUUCUGUUUACCUACCUGUUAGCUCUAUGGUGCUUGUUUGCCCUGCAGAAGUAGAGCGGUACAGACCAGACUCAUGGAGCUGUGAAGACAAGCAUGUGCGUGUCUCACUUGCUCUGUUCGCAUCGGCACUGCUGGAAUUUUAAUGCUCUUUGUGUAAUUGUUGAUGGCUUUUUAAAACUGUCUCUGCUUCUCUUAAAUUAUUUAAACAGUAUGGCCCUGUUAGGUGUGUUACAUUUCUAUUUGACCAGGCAUAUGAAACGCCUCUGUGGGAUUCAGAGCGGGAGGGCACAGCUGGGAAGGAAGAGGCAGCACCUACCCCAUGACUGCAGAACUGGGGAAGGGUCUCUCCAGACUCCUCACCCUCUGUUAGACAAGCUGUUGCUAGGUAGACUGGCCAGAUUAGGGACCUGCUUCAAGCAAUCGUGAGAUCAUGCUGCGUCAUUGUCCAAAAGCCUUUUAAGAAAGGAGCACUAUUUAUUUAUAAUUUUGUUCCCUAGAUAGAUUUUUUUGGAGGGAUUGGUUAGAAAUUGUCCCAAGGACCUGUGGGGAGAGGGACUGUCCCCUUCUGCCCAAAGGCAGUGUGGUGCUGGUCUGGGCACAUGCCCCCCUGGUGGGUGUCCUGAAGGGGCAUGGACACUUGGCCUGUGCCUGCCUCCGGAGCUUUAUGGACUUGCUCUUUGGAGUCCCACUGCCCUUUUCUGUUGAGCCUGUUCUGGGGCAAAGAUGAGAAGCCUUUGAGAAGUUAGUACCCAUGUCCUGGUAGGUCCCUCUGAAUAAUUGCUUUUGGAAGAGGACUCUUGUACCUAGUGACAGUCACACAGACCGGUUUCUCCCUGUGCCUGGGAAGCGCCUUGGGGAAGAAGCCUAGCCUCUGGACACCACCUCCCUCUGCUGCCCUGCUGGCUCCUGCAGAGUUGGGGUGAAAGGAGAAAGGGAAAGAACAGUUAGUCCUUUGGGGCCCCUGAUCUUUCCUAAGACUAUCAUAAAAUUGCUGUCUUCAUUUUGUUUGUUGGGGGUGGGGGGGACAUUGGGGUGCUGGCUGGGCCACUAUGUAAAGCAAUGUGUGUCUAAUUUAACGGAUGUACCACUUUUCUCUGCUAAUUGAGAGAGCAUUAUUUAUUUGUUUUGACACAAGUGCUUGCAGUGUUUCAUCCCAGCUAAUGGCUUCUUAAAGGUAAUAAAACCCUUCAACCUAAUUGGUCAGAUAAGACUUUUUCCUUGUAUGCUUAAAUAAAGCAAUUAGUGAAAUGC